AACUAGCGAAUCAAUCAGGACAGAUGAAGAGCCUGCCGGGGGUAGCUGGGUUGAAUGUUUGGUGCACUUCAACCGAAGAGUCAUCGUCGAGACGUGGGCAUUGCAGUGUCUUCGUACCACUCAGAAGGAAAGGCAGGGCCAGGGUCAAGGCACGAACUUUCCUGCAGCCUUCCUACCGAUAGCCUCAUCGUCCCCUGGAGCUCCUCGGCCCAUGAGUUACCAGCCUGUUCCUCCCGAUCCGUACGGCCCUCCGCCGCCGCCUCCUCCGCCGGGUCCCGAAGGGCCCUAUCCACCGCCGCCUGGGUAUCCACCUCCGCCACCGCCACCUGGAUACCCCCCUCCGCCGCCUCCUCCCGGCGGAUACCAAGGAUACUUUGAUCCGCCGCCUCCUCCACCUCCGCUGCCCCCGGGGCCUCCACUGGAGGAUGAGCGAGAUGAUUUCUACUGCGGUUGUACGAAUCUCAUUAAAGGAUGUUUGGCUGCACUCUGCUGCUGCUGCGUGUUGGAGCAGUGCUGUUUCUAGGCGAAUUUUGCGUCUUUCCCAGUUGAGACUGCCUCCUUUAGACUAAUUCCCUUCAAAUCGAGACGAACUGUUAAGACUUCUUGGGCUAUUGGCUAGUGUAUUUUCAUCUGCUGUUCAGCAGCGCUACCAUCUGGAAAAAGAUAAUGUCCUGUGCUUGUUUCUGAUAAUGCAUCCUUCCGUAUUCAUCUGAACUGUCUUCUUUUCUGCAGAAGAAAACAGAACCUGCAUUUUAACCACAGAUAUUGCAAUGUACGAGAUGUUUAGUUUCAUUUGGAUCCUCUGUAUUGUGGAAUGAGACCAUUAUGAAUCUAAGAUCAGAUACUCUUUAACUGUUA